CUUGCCUCGCCACCUCCGAACGCAAACCCCACCAAAAUGGCCUUCACCGGACGAUGGGAAACUGAAACCCAGGAGGGCUACGAUGAGUUUUGCAAGCUCCUCGGUAUCCCCGCCGAAAUCAUCGAGAAGGGCCGUGACUACAAGCUGAUCACAGAGGUGAGCCAGGAUGGAAACGACUUCUCCUGGACUCAGAUCUAUCCCACAAACGCCAAGGUCACCAACAAAUUCACCGUCGGCAAGGAAUGCGACAUGGAGACCAUCGGAGGAAAGAAGUUCAAGGCCACCGUGCACAUGGAGGGAGGCAAGCUGAGCGUUACCUUCCCCAACUACCAUCACACCUCUGAGAUCAGCGGAGGAAAACUCAUUGAGACUUCCACAGCUGGGUCCGUCGUGCUUAAGAGAACCAGCAAGAAGAUCUAACUGCAUGAUGAUCUUGAACUGCUUGCGUAGUCACGAUGGUGACUUCAGGACCACGUCUAUCACAAUAAAAGAAGUUUGACAU